AUGAAAACUGAUGUAGACGACUUCAAUGAAAAACAGGGAGCAUUUACACCUAAGAAUUCAUCACAUUUUAAAAAAUUGACUAAAAAUGAACAUGAAAAUAAUCCAUUUAACAAGCGUUUCUUAAUCAAUGACGGUAAAUGUUAUUCAUUACCUGAACCACAAAAAAUGUUCAAUGAUCCGAUAUGGUUGGUUGAUCAGUUACAAGCAUUGAAGAACAAGUUGAAUGAUGUAAAGAGUUUCUUAAAUAUUUAUAAUCUUACCGAAUGGCAUUCACAUACAAAAUUAAGAAACAUUGCAAAAGAUGUCAUGCCACGUCUAAAAAGAGAGAUUCAACCAGAAUUGUUAACUCAGGCAUGGUGCAAAUUUUAUGAAAUAGUGUCAUCUUUUCCUUUAGUACCAAUAAGUCAUAUUAACAAUAACAAUAAACAUUUUAAGUCUAUCCAUUUAUGUGAAGCACCUGGAGCUUUCAUUACAUCUUUAAAUCAUUGGUUAAAAAUAAACGAACCUAAUAUUCAAUGGGAUUGGAUUGCUACAACAUUAAACCCAUAUUAUGAUGGUAAUCCAUUAUCUUUAAUGUGCACUGAUGACAGAUUUAUAAGGCAUACAUUAAGUCAUUGGUAUUUUGGAGCAGAUGGCACUGGAAACAUUAUGAAUUUAAAAAAUUUGGAUGAACUGAUAAGAUUCUCAGAGCCACACAAUGACAUAUUUUUAGUUACUGCCGAUGGCAGUAUAGAUUGUACAGAUGUUCCAGGGGAACAAGAAAAUGUGGUAGCACAUUUACAUUUCUGUGAAACUGUAGCUGCUCUACAUCUACUACAUACUGGGGGUAGUUUUUUAUUAAAGGUUUUCACUAUUUUUGAAUGCCAUUCAGUAUGUCUAAUUUAUCUCCUAUGUUGCUGUUUUAAUGAAGUUAGCAUGGUAAAGCCAGCUACAAGUAAAGAAGGAAAUUCCGAAACUUAUAUAGUAUGCACACAUUUUAAGGGACCAUCAUUUUUCUUACCUUACUCAGAGAAACUUAGACAAUACUAUGAAUGUAGCCCUGAGAAAGCAAUGUUCAAUAAGAAUGAUAUUCCAUCUGCAUUUAUAGAAAAAAUUAUAGAGUGCAGCGAAUUCUUUAAGUCUCGACAAAUUACAGCUAUACAAAAUAAUAUUAUUACAUUUCAUUCGGAUAAUACUAAGAAGUUGCGUGACAUAAAACAAAUUCAGCAUAUGGUUGCUGAUAAAUAUAUUACAUAUUAUAAUUUAAGAGUAUUAACAUCAGGAGAAAUUGUUGGAAAUGUAAAAUUAAAAGGAUGUCGUAGUGUUAAUACAUGUCAAAGGCCAAUACAAGAGUCUUAUAAUGACCGUUGUGAGCGAAAACAUUUAGCGCCAUGGGAUCAGUUAAAAGCUUUCUUUAAUGACUCCACUAAAAUAGAAAUUCAUACGCAAUCUGAUAAACCUAUACAAUUCGACUCUAUUGAAUUGCCAGAAGAUUUACAAAUUACUUCAGGAAAACUAUUUCGUAGAAUACGUAGCUCAGGAUUCUGCAAUGACAACGUCCUAAAAAUGCAAAACAGCACUGAUGACAUUCUUGUUAACAUGGGACACAAUAUACAAUUUCCAUCAACAGAAAAUAUAAACCAAUUAAAAGAAGUUCUUAAUCAGUCGGGACAUAAACUUUUAAUUUUUCAGUAUACUGAUGAUCAUGAUAGUCACAAAAUAAUUAAUAAAAUUUAUGAUGCAGUGCAAAACCUUGAUAUUGGAGACACUUUAGUUUUAACUGGUUACUCAUUAUUAUCUUAUUUGAAUGUUGGACUCCUUUAUGUCAUGAGGUGUACUUUUGAAUCACUUAAACUAAAUCUUUGUAACAAAACUGGUGCAAAAAUUAUAUUAGAACAUUAUAAUUACAAUAUGAAAGUACUAAAAUAUUUAAUGGACGUUAAAGCUGUUUCUUCUAGCAUUCAAGAAACAGGAAAUGCUGUUAUACAAAUAAUUUCUCCACCAUUUCUAUAUGAGUGUGAUCUAUUCAAUACAAUAGUGGAUAUUAAUCACUGGGUUAUUAAAUCAUAUAUUCAUUAUGUUAGUAAUACAGUAAAAGGAAAUAUUUAACCAAAAAGGUUACAUACAAUAUGUAACGAAAAGUUACAUAUAUGUUUUCCAACAUGUAAACAG